AUGUUAGGGGAAGAUUUGCACAGGCGCAAAGCAACAUUCGAACGAUGCCUGCACUCCAUUUUCCUCUACGGAGGCGAGCAAGCAAUAAUCAGCAAGACCAAGAAUACGGACAAAGCCUUCGACAAGUUCAUCCAAGAAAAACUGACGCGGAUCGCCGAUUGGCGAAGCCAAGCACGCGCACAAGGCAUCGCCCACCCCGAGGGCGAGUACCUACUCAACUACGUCGUCUACGUGCCGGAGCACGAGCUUCCAGACCACUGCCCGUUCAACUUUUGCCAAACAACCCGCGGGCGUGCCCUUGAACACCUCGAAGUGUACGCCCAGCCAGAUUGGUGGAAUGCUCCUACUGGAAGUGUUCUCCGUUUGAUCGCCAAUAUCCAGUUGCCUCCAGGCCGAUUCAGCCCUCAGGGCCAAGAUUAUCGCAAGGCCAAUCUGGGCCUACCGUACGCGACAACUACUCCUAACGCCGGGGGCUCGUCGCGGACGACUCCUCACCUCGCACAGCAGUUGGAGGCACAACCAUUGACAAUGCCGCGCAAGCAUGCCUGUCCGGAGUUGACUCCGGUGGCUCUUGGCUCGGCCACGCAUGCCUCAGGCUUUGGCCUCACCCCGGCUAAAAGAAGAUGGUCCGGCGCGCUGUUGACGGAGAGGUCUCACUCAAAGACUUGA